GCCCAGUACGGCUUGACGGAUCCCAAGAGCUUGGCCGAGUACCUCAACCACGCCAACAUCCGCCUGGUCCGGGCCGAGUGCUCGCUGGGGAUGUACUUGUACGAGCUGCUGAAGUCGAAGAGCCUCUUGCCGAGACGCCAAGAAGCCGAGGAGUGGGGCCUGGUGACGCAUGCAGAAGUGAAGGAGUGGGCCGCCGGAACUCGGGAUGCGAUGAUCUGCUCGGUGUCCCACGCUUGGGAGAGUCGGGAGCAUCCGGACCCAUGCGCCCACCAAUUGAAGUGCCUAGUUGACGCCGUGUCUCUCUUCGAUGCAGCCUACUUCUCGGACUUGUGGCUAUUUUAUGACUAUGUGUCUCUUUUUCAGUUCAAGCGGGAGUCGGACGCGGAAGAAGAGAGCUUUCGACGGUCAAUGCAGGACAUGCACGUCUUGUAUGCCCAUGAGUGCACCCGAACUUUCCGCAUUGAAAACCUCACCCCAGACGAUGUCUGGGAAGCGGCGAGCAAGAGUUCUGAGUAUCGAGUGCGAGUCUACGAUGCAAGCAGCGCCGUGGUCCGAGAUCGUCCGCUCAAAGAGCUGGUUGCGAACCGGGCGGAGGUUGAGUGGUCCUCCGCCCGGAGCCAUUCCGAACAGAACCACUGGAUCGAUGCUCCCGCGUCUCAACAGCAAGAGCUGCUGGGCAAAGUGCCCAUGGCUCCGGAGAUUUUUGCGGAAGAGAUGAACUCGGCAGCCUUCACCCAUCGGUCUGAUGCCGAAAAGGUGAAGGAUGGGCAGUUCAAGGUUUUCCUCCAGAAAGUCUCCGAGUGCGAAGAUGCACUCUUCGAACAUCUGCCCGAAGGGCAGCUGGGGCAGCUGGCAAAGGCCCUGCCUUACUUCAAGAAGCUGAAGGUGCUGAGGCUCCGGGAGUUGAAGUUCGGCCGAGCAGAGGCUGGGGAGUUCGCGAAGGCGCUGGCAUCGAACCAAACGAUUCGCGAGCUCGAGAUGCGUGGCUUGGGUUUUGGCUAUGGGCAUGAUGCGGAAAGGCUUUUGGGCUUCAGACAGGAACGUGCCAACAACAUCCGCGAUGAGGGUGUGCAGGCGAUCUGCGAAGCUUUGAAGACCAACUCCACACUCACCAGCGUCAACCUCGAAGAAUUCCGCAUCGGCGGUGAGGGCGGGAAGGCGAUCUGCGAAGUGUUGAAGUGCAACUUCACACUCACCAGCAUCAACCUCGGACACAACGUAUGCUGGAUCCGUGAUAAAGGUGCGCAGGCGAUUGGUGAAGUGCUGAAGAUCAACUCAACCCUCACCAGCAUCAACCUCCGGAAUUGCGGUUUCGGCUAUGACUAUGAGGGUGGUAAGGCGAUCUAUGCGAUCUGCGAAGCGUUGAAGACCAACUCCACACUCGCCAGCAUCAACCUCGAAGACAACUCGAUCGGCGUGGAGGGUGGGAAGGCGAUCUGCGAAGCGUUGAAGACCAACUCCACACUCACCAGCAUCAACCUCGGGCACUGCAACAUCGGCUAUGAGGGUGUGGAGGCGAUCGCCGAAGCGUUGAAGACGAACUCCACAGUCACCAGCAUCAACCUCGAAGGCAACCGAACCAUUGUUGAUGAGGGCAACGGCAUCCGCGAUGAGGGUGCGCAGGCGAUUGGAGCAGCGCUGAAGAGCAACUCCACGCUCACCAGCAUCAACCUCGCAGUUUGCGGCAUCCGCGAUGAGGGUGCGCAGGCGAUCUGCGAAGCGCUGAAGAGCAACCCCACGCUCACCAGCAUAAACCUCGAACACAACUUCAUCGAAGAUGAGGGUGCGCAGGCGAUCUGCGAAGCGUUGAAGUGCAACUCCACGCUCACCAGCAUCAACCUCAGAAACAACUACAUCAGCGAGGAGGUGCUUGCGGAGCUGCAGAAGACGGGCCUACUCGUGGAUUCUCAUGGCAAGUUCUCAGCAGUGUUGGCAGGCUACAAGUACGGCCUCGGCGCUCCGGAAGCUGCAAAGGCUUGGACGGGGCGAGUGCGCAUAGAGGUCCUCGCAAAGCGAUUGAACGUACUCUGCAACCCCAGCAAGUUGAGCUUCGAGCUGUGUGGUCUCAAAGUCGAAAAAGUCGAGGCGAUCAGCGAAGCGUUGAAGAGCAACUCCACGCUCACCAGCAUCAACUUCUUUAACUGCUACAUCGGCGAUGAGGGUGCGGAGGCGAUCUGCGAAGCGCUGGAGACCAACUCCACAGUCACCAGCAUCCACCUCAGAGGCUGCGAAAUCGGCGAUGAGGGUGCGGAGGCGAUUGGCAAAGUGCUGAAGACCAACUCCACGCUCGCCUUCAUCGACCUCAGAAACAACAUCAUCGGCGUGGAGGGUGGGAAGGCCCGGUGGUGCCAGGGAUUGACACAAGCAGAGGGGUCUGGUGGCUCCAAAGGUCCGCCAGCAGUAGCCACCGCUGUCUUGCCGUUUCCCUGCGAGGCGCUUGCCGAGGCUCUGAAUAGCAACACAACAGUUCGCGAAAUUGAGCUCUGGGAAAACAACGUCACCGCCGAGUGCGAGCAGGCCUGGGCGGUUCGCAGGGCUCGUGCGCGGUUUCCGAAGCCUUGUCCUGUACAGGCCAUCGUGGAAGCUACCGGGGGAAGGCCCGGCGGGGUCCCGGAGAGAGAGAGGAACUUCUGA